CUUUGGUCUUCACAUGUCUGGAACAGGAGCACGGGUUGACCACUUCUUUUUUCCUUUCGAAUUUCUUUAAGCUAUUCAUUACACAUAUACAUUCAUGGCAUCAUCAGAAGAUUACUUGACGCUUCCUCGGGAGUUCUUACCUCGCCCACGCCAUCAACCUACUGAAUCCGUCAAAUCGGGCCGUACGAUUGUAAUCGCAUAUGAUCAGACGCGCGCAAGCGAUGCUCUUCUAGACAAGACAAUUCGGACUGGGUUAUUGCAACCCGAUGAUGAUAUCCGUCUGGUACACAUUUUGCCUCAGCAGGACUUCUUCUCGUCACUGACACAGCAGACAUCAAAUGGCAAUUCCGUCAUGGCAAGCAUGCCAUCGUUCGACGCACAAACCACCAGCCAAGCCAAAGACCAAAAUGAAAAGAUUCAAAUAGAAGCCAAGGAAGACAUGUUGUUGGCAGUGGCGAAAGUUCUCCAGAAAAACUCGUUCCAACAUGUCAAAGUCGAGGUGGUACAAGGCGAUCCCAAACAAUCCCUGCAGGAUUACUGUCAAAGUGUGAAACCAACAUUUUUAAUGACCGGAUCGCGUGGUUUUGGAAAAUUUAAAAGUUCGAUUCUUGGCUCUGUGUCGGAUCAUCUCGCCAAGAAUUGUCCUUGUCCCGUUAUGAUUAUCAAGGUCACAGAAGAAGAAAUUGAGGCACGCACCGCUUUGGCUGAAACAAAGAAAUCUAUCUUUUCCAAUUGGUUAUGUGAGUGCAUCAUCUUAUUUAGUCCACUAACACCUCGUUUUACUUGAUAAGUAUGUAUUCUAAUCAAACAUACUACUGUAUUCUCCCAUUUUAUAGCCUCUAGGUAGUUUUUUUGAUAAUUAAUGGUAAUUAAUUGAAUUAGAAGAAGCGAUGGGGAGGGCGAAUGAAAAGAGUGUUUAUAGUGAGAAAAAAGGUAUAUA